AUGUCUUCAGUCAAGGAAUUGAACGACACAGUGCGGAUGGACGAUAUCAUUCGCGUCAGCACCUAUCAUCGCCGCGACUUCGACCUUGCAGUUAUCAGGUUGAAUCCGCGUGGGCACGAAGCGGUUCGGGGCUCCAUGGCUCACCCGUUCAAUCACACAGCUAUCACAACACUUGGGCGAAUGCAGAUUCUACCUGUUGGAAUUCUCCAUGAAAUUUUACUCCUCUUGGAUAUGCGGUCUUUUUUCGUAUUCCACAUCUCUAACGUACUUUGCACCCGAGACUGCCUCCAUUGUGAUUCCUUUGGCGGGUUUGUUUUCCUUCCAUCGCUCGAGAGGUGCUGCUUUCGCUGUCUUACCUCCUCUCCUCGGUUUCGAGUCCUACCAGCUGUAGAAAUUGGAAAGGUGCUUAGCAUGUCACGGGCACAUCUACGCCGAUCGGUGCCGUUGUUGCAUACGAUAUCCGGAAUAUACUCAAUGGCCGAAACUUCCCGUCAAAGAAGGAUGUAUAUUGUGGCGGAGAAGCAAAUAGCCAAGGCAUUUACAUUUCCUGGCACCUCAAUGUCAGCAGCGGUCACGGCUUGUUCAAACCGAGCCCACGCUGUUCUACGGUAUAUGGCCGGUACUACUCUACCAUAUGUCGAUAUAGCAAGUGGCGACGUUCAGCACGGCCUCUGCUGCGCAGGUUGUCAGAUCAUACUUGAGGGAGACACAGUCUCAAACCCCACAGAAGCUUUCGCGAUGCGGGACCGUGUAUAUUCGAAUACCGGGUUCUUCGACCAUUUCCGACUAUGUCCUGAGGCUCAAAAACUGUGGAAACACAGCAAAGAAGGCAAGGUGGCCGUAAGCCUGCCAACAUUUGUUAUUCGUGGGGGUUAUUUCAACGAAAGAGAUGUUGUCAUGUCGUUUAGCAAGCGAAAAUAUUCCGAUUUAUCAUAG